AUGCCCUACGCCGCAACCUGCUAUUAUAGUUCUCCAUACUACGACCCUUCAGCUUGUGUGGUCGCCGCAGAGAACUACACAACAAACCAGAUACGAACCGAUGUAUACGGCGCAGCGACAUCCCUCAACUGGGAAGUUUGCCAUACCGAAACAUGCGCACUGAAUGCGGCCAGACCGUCCAAAUCCCUCUCAGACGACUGCCACCUCGGCCGGUUGUCGUCAUUGUAUGUCGAUGCUUCUGAACCUCAACAUGUGGUCACCGCUGUCAAGUUUGCCCGAAAGCAUAACCUCAGAGUCACCGCCAAGAACACUGGACAUGACUACUUUGGCCGCUCGACCAGUCCCAACACUCUUGCGAUCUGGACUCACCGCAUGAACACGAUGAAGUAUCAUGCGGACUUUGUUGCGUCGAACUGUCCGGUUUCGAACGGUCAACAUAUCGGGGAGAUAGGGGCUGGUGCUCAAGCGUCGGAUGUCUACACCUAUUUCCAGGCGUUCAACAUGGAUGUGACGGGCGGAAAUGAAGGAUCGGUGGGCCUGGCGGGUGGGUUUGGUCAAGGAGGUGGUCACGGUAUUUUUGGUCCUUCGUACGGUCUAAUGGUGGACAAUGCGGUCGAGUUCGACGUUGUGACGGCAGAUGGCCAAUUCCGCACCAUCAACCGAUGCAAUGACCCCGAGCUCUUUUGGGCCAUGCGAGGUGGAGGCGGAGGCACCUUCGCAAUUCUCACAAGCUACCGGUUCCAACUUCACCCGGCCGUUAAUAUCAAUGUGUAUCAGCUCGAGGCCAACUUCACGCUCCAUGGCAAUGAGACGGCCAAUUACCCGGCCCUGGAACAACUUCUUACCCAGCACGCGACGAACCAACCCUUCUGGUCCCACCACAACAUUUCAGGUCAUGCGUACUACUGGCCGACUAAAGCCGAGAUUUACCUCGUCUUGCCGUCCAACGACGAAACAGCCCUGAAAUCUCUCACCAGUGAAUUUGCCUCCUUCGUGACGAACAACCCCAGUAUCCGAGUCAGCAAGAGCACCUACCCCAAAUACACCGAGUUCCUCCUGGUCACCAACAAGAUUGCCGCCAGACUAACCCCAGGCGGCAUCUUCGGAGUCGUGGCAGGUCGGCUAAUGCCAGAAUCCUUAUUCGAAACCCGCCACACCGUAACCGAUCUCGUCCAGGCCGUCCUCGACGGCAUCCGCCUUAGCAAUAACGUACUUCCCGAGACUUCCGUCUCCCAGGUCAUCAUGACCACCCCGGUGAACCACCAAAACGGGGAUGCGACAAGUGUUAAUCCCGCCUGGCGCUCGGCUCUUUGGCAUGUCCUCAUGACUGGUGGAUGGACGGAGCAGCUCAGCAACUCAACUGAGGCAGAACUUUUGGAAACAUGGCUGGAUACGGUCGAGCCCAUGAAGGAACUUACCCCCGGUGGAGGCUGCUACCUGAAUGAAGGCCAUUACUUGGAACCAGAGUGGCAGGAGACGUUCUUUGGAUCAAAGUAUCCGGAAUUGCUUCGAAUCAAGAAAAAGUAUGAUCCAUAUCAUUUCUUUGAUUGCUGGAAAUGUGUCGGCUGGCAGGGUCCCUCUGAGUAA